CAAACUCACCUCUCGUCUCGUAACUGCUGCAUCAGCGACAUGAUGUGGAUCACAGGUGGAUGGUAAGCAAGCAGCAAACUUUAAAGUGUACCUCUGUUUGUUGAAGCCUGAACUGUCACGGUAAAUAACAGCAGACUGAAGUGCGUCUGAAACUGUGUGCAUGCGUAACCGUGCGGAACCAAGCAACAGGAAGCCAGAGUUCCCCAAAAGGUCCAGAGGAUGGUGCUUUACAUCUGAACCAGUGAAGUUACGACAAGGGCGGGCUGGCAAACUGACGAUGACAGAUCUGUUGAAGCCAGAGGACAUCAAGAAAUCUCUUGAAUUCUUUGCAGGAGAAACAUUUGACCCUAAAAAGUUCUUUGAUUUGGUGGGGAUGACGGCGAUGUCAGCUGAAAGCGUCAAGCAGGUCUUCAUGGUUCUGGAUGUGGACGGUAGUGGCUUCAUAGAGGAGGAGGAGCUCAAGUAUGUACUGCAGGGCUUUUCAAAGGAGGGCAGAGAACUGACUGACGCUGAGACGAAAGCAUUCCUCAUAGCCGCAGACAAAGAUGGAGACGGCAAGAUCGGCAUUGAUGAGUUUGAGACCUUGGUGCAUGAGUAGGGGAUGGAUGAACACCCCCUUUUUUUCUCCUCCUCUUCCUCCCUGCAUUCAUAUUUUGUAACUGCCACCUUCAAACUCCUCUCACCUUCCUCGGGACCCUGAACACGGAGUCAGACCAGGCCUGCUCUCUACGAAACACUACAGAAGCAGAGCAACAGGGAGUUACCAUGAGGAGGCGUAAACAGGCACCAGUUUCAUUUUUUAUAUAUAUUUAAUCACACAUGCUGUAUGGGUUUCAGAAUCAUUGGAAUGAUUUCAUGAAGAUAGUUUGUGGUCUCAAAACAGGUGGUGCUAGUGCUGUAGGUGUAGAUGUUACGAAGACUUCUUAAUUCUUAAUUUUCUUCCUUUAUGUAUUUCAGGUUGUGCUAUUCUGUCUGAUUGGUUUUACUUCUAGAUGUUCACAUAUCAGUGCACUUUCCUCCCACUCCUCUUCCUCAUCCACCUUUCCUCACCUCACCUCACCUCACCGCCUCUCCUUUCCUCUAUCUUCUCCUCCCCCUCAUUCCCUGCCCCCGAUCAGAUGAUGUAGUAAAUAAAAAGAUAUAUAAGGAGAGCUGUGAAGAGAGUAAGAAAUGAUAAUUAAAGAAACCUUGAAUACUA